CAUACCCACUUUCAGAAAAGUCUGUCUCUCACUCUGCUCAUAAAAUAUUGGACAAUAUAAGAAGCUUUUGUUUUCCUUUGUAUUUCCCUCUCUCUCUUGGUGAUUCAAAUAUCAGAUUAUUAUUAGUUUUCUCGGGGUAAUUCUCACCAUCAUCACAUCCCCACAAUCAAAUGCCAACUCUACCCACUAUUAUUAUUAUUAGAUAUCAUCAUUUUCUUGGUUUCGUUUUUUCGUUUCUUUGGUUUAGUAGCAUUCACUGUAGAGUGGCUUGCUGCACAAAGAACACCUUUCUACCCAGAAACGAAAAAAAAGAGCCUAUUUUGAAGGUGAAAUGAAAAUGAGGGUUCUUGUUUUCGUUUCUUAUGUAAUUUAUGUAGCUACGCUUUUCAGUACUUCCUCUCUUGCUCUCACUGAAGAUGGUCUUACAUUGUUGGAAAUCAAGAGCACAUUGAACGAUAGUAGAAAUGUGCUAGGUAACUGGCAAGCUGCUGACGAGUCUCCUUGCAAAUGGACUGGUAUCUCUUGCCAUUCCCAUGACCAAAGAGUUAGCUCAAUAAACCUGCCUUACAUGCAAUUGGGAGGGAUAAUAUCUACUAGCAUUGGCAAACUCAGCAGAUUACAAAGGAUUGCACUUCACCAAAACAGUUUACACGGAAUUAUUCCUAAUGAAAUUACCAAUUGUACUGAGCUCAGAGCAGUGUACUUGAGGGCUAAUUAUCUCCAAGGAGGCAUUCCAUCAGACAUUGGAAAUCUUUCUCAUCUCACUAUACUGGAUGUGUCAAGCAAUAUGCUAAAAGGUGCUAUACCUUCAUCUAUUGGUCGUCUUACACGCCUACGCCAUCUGAAUUUGUCUACCAACUUUUUCUCUGGUGAAAUCCCAGAUUUUGGAGCACUAAGUACUUUUGGGAAUAACUCGUUUAUUGGCAAUUUAGAUCUCUGUGGUAGACAAGUGCACAGGCCAUGUCGAACUUCAAUGGGAUUUCCUGCAGUGCUACCACAUGCUGCAAGUGAUGAAGCAGCAGUUCCCACGAAACGAUCCUCUCAUUACAUCAAAGGGGUGCUGAUUGGUGUAAUGGCCACAAUGGCACUUACGCUAGCGGUGCUUCUUGCAUUCCUCUGGAUUUGCUUGUUGUCAAAGAAGGAAAGAGCUGCUAAGAAAUACACAGAAGUCAAAAAGCAAGUUGACCAAGAAGCAAGUACAAAGCUUAUUACCUUCCAUGGUGACUUGCCAUAUCCUUCAUGUGAGAUCAUAGAAAAGCUUGAGUCUCUUGAUGAGGAGGAUGUUGUAGGGGCAGGAGGGUUUGGUACUGUAUACCGAAUGGUCAUGAACGAUUGUGGAACGUUUGCUGUCAAAAGAAUUGACAGGAGCCGUGAAGGAUCUGAUCAAGGAUUCGAGAGGGAGUUGGAGAUUUUGGGUAGCAUCAAGCACAUAAAUUUGGUAAACCUGAGAGGUUAUUGUAGGCUUCCAAUGUCAAAGCUUCUAAUAUAUGAUUAUCUGGCCAUGGGAAGUUUAGAUGAUAUUUUGCACGAACGUGGUCAGGAACAACCAUUAAAUUGGAGUGCUCGUUUAAGGAUAGCCUUAGGGUCUGCACGGGGGCUUGCAUACUUGCACCAUGACUGCAGUCCAAAGAUAGUUCAUCGUGACAUUAAAUCCAGUAACAUUCUCCUUGAUGAAAAUUUCGAGCCUCAUGUCUCUGACUUUGGUCUUGCCAAGCUUUUGGUGGAUGAGGAAGCCCAUGUCACUACUGUAGUUGCUGGCACUUUUGGUUAUUUGGCACCAGAAUACCUGCAAAGUGGGAGAGCCACUGAGAAGUCAGAUGUUUAUAGCUUCGGAGUUCUCUUGCUAGAGCUAGUAACUGGAAAAAGACCUACUGAUCCAGCCUUUGUAAAGAGAGGCUUAAAUGUUGUUGGUUGGAUGAACACCCUGUUAAGAGAAAACCUGUUGGAGGACGUAGUGGAUAAAAGAUGCAGUGAUGCAGAUCUGGAAAGCGUGGAAGCGAUUCUUGAAAUAGCAGCAAGAUGCACGGAUGCUAACCCUGAUGAUCGGCCGACAAUGAACCAGGCACUGCAGUUGUUAGAGCAAGAAGUGAUGUCUCCAUGCCCAAGUGAUUUCUACGAGUCACAAUCAGAUUAUUCUUGAGUGGGAUGGUGUGCUGAAUAUGUGUACAUCCAACUAGAUGUACUUAUGACAUACUCCCGAAGUUUUGUGAUAAGCUUGCCCUCUUACAAUUGGGGCCUGUAAAUCUUUUACAUGCUAAUGUUGGAUCUCCGUUUUGUGUUGCAAUUUGUUGAACUUUGGUUUCA